CCAGUGUUUUGGCCUUUCAACAGAAUCCCACCUGUUCUUUACAACUUCUCCCCAAGAGUCCACCGCCAUGGCUUCGUUUUCCUCUUCUUCCUCCUAUUACGCUUUGUCGACAUGGAGUUGCCUGGUUGGGCUCCUUGUGCUGGUGGCAGCUCACCAUGUAGAUGGGUACGUAGCGUGUCCGAAUCUAAACAAGGACACGUGUGCGUUCGCGGUUUCAUCAUCAGGCAAGCGGUGCGUGCUAGAGAAGCUGUCGCUGGACGGUGGGGAGUCGAACCACGUGUGUCGGACUUCGGAGAUAAGAGCAGGAGGAUCGAGGGGCUGGAUUGAAAGCAACGAAUGCAUCGACGGUUGUGGUGUGUCCAGGGACACCCUGGGCGUCUCCUCUGAUGCGCUCCUCGAGUCCCGGUUCGUGCGCACGCUUUGUUCCCCGCGGUGCUACAAGAGCUGCCCCAACAUAGUGGACCUUUUCUUCAACCUUGCAGCUGGGGAAGGUGUUUUCCUGCCGAAGCUGUGUGAGGCACAUAAGACCAACGGCCGCCGUGCCGUGGCGGAGAUCCGAAGCUCAGGCCAGGCCGCCCCAUCUCCGACAGUCGCACCGGUUCAUCACCGCAAGCUUGUUGAGGUUGCAGCACCUGCACCUGCUGUGGCCAUCCUCCCUUGAGCCUACCUUGGUCAGAUGGUCGCAUGCACCAGCAUGCAUUGCUUCUUCCAUGUUAUACAAGAGCAACGUGUAGUGUAGUGAUUUAGCCAAUGAAGUCCCUAUAGGCGUCCGAUCCGGUGGAUCAUGAGAUGGUACUUGUAAUAGUCAUCAGUAGGCUAUUAGCAAAAAAAAAAAUGUUAUACGUUUUUUUUUUUUUUUCCCUUUUAACAGGGAGUUGAUAAAAUAUUAAAAUGAGGAGUCGUGUGCCAGUUUAUGUUAAUAGUUUGAGACACCAUGUCCAAUUUAAUGCGAGCUUGUCUUUGUUUA